AGGUCAGGGAAACCGAGGUCGUCAAUGGCAAUGGCGCCCGCCCCACUGGACUUCAGCACGCCCACUUCCUCCUCAUCAUCGUCCGAGGACCAGCAGCCGAUGAACCUGACUGACCCGCCCCCUCAGCGCCUGCCCUUGUCCACUUCGCACCUGCCUGUAACUGUGUCAGCAGCGGCUGCCGCGCUGCUCGGUGCCCUGCAUCCCAACGCGCCCGAGGAGCUCCGCAGGAAGUACCCUCUGGCUGCCAAACCUCCCCUGGCUCCACACCCGGCCCUGCCGCUGCCACACACACACAGCCUUCACACACAUAAUGCACACACUCCCAACACACACUCCCAGUCCCACGCUGCAGAGCUGCGACUGGACCGAGACGGCAGGGACUAUGGGGGCAAGUCCCCCCAGUACAGUUCAGGUGGCAGCUACGACAGCGUGAAAAUGGACUUGAGUGCCGAGGACCUGACCAUGGGGCGUCAUGGCAGCCAGGUUGCCCCCGACGAUGACGACGAUGACCACGACGACCACGACGACAACGACAAGAUCAACGACACAGAGGGAGUCGAUCCCGAGAGACUAAAGGCCUUCAACAUGUUUGUGCGUCUGUUUGUAGACGAGAACUUGGAUCGAAUGGUUCCCAUCUCCAAACAGCCCAAGGAGAAGAUCCAGGCCAUCAUCGAGUCCUGCAGCAGACAGUUCCCAGAAUUCCAGGAACGCGCCCGCAAGCGCAUUCGCACCUACCUCAAAUCCUGCCGACGUAUGAAGAAGAACGGCAUGGAGACCCGUCCUACUCCACCUCACCUCACCUCAGCCAUGGCUGAGAACAUCCUGGCUGCUGCCUGUGAGAACGAAUCACGCAAUGCCGCAAAGAGGAUGCGCCUUGAAGCCUAUCACGAUGAGCAGAUCUCUAUGGACAAGCCGUCCAGCGGUGGAGGAGGUCUGCGGGAGCCGGCGUCCCUCGCUCACUCCGCCUACUCCCUGGCCGCAUCAGCCUUCUCCUCCCAGGACACCCAGCUCUACAUAAACGGAGCCGGACUCAGCUACGGUUACCGUGGAUACCCGGGCCUGAGCGCUGCCAUGCAACACCCCGUUUCCCUGACGACUGGCGCUGCUGCACAGAGCAACGGUCCCACAGACCUCAGCAUGAAAUCUCUUUCCUCUGCCAACAUCAGUAACUCCUCCUCCUCUGCCUCCACCAACAACAGCCUGGGUGGGCGGGGCAGCGGGGGCGCAGGAGGGGGCGGGGCAUCAACACAGCUCAGCCAUACCGAGAUCACGGCGUUCCGUCGCGAGGUCGCCGGCUACCGGAGUCGACGCUUUCCUGCGUUCUGCUCAGCAGACGCAGCUGGAGAACUCAUCCUGGCAACAGAACUGAGUGGCUGGGGGGAGAUAGGGAGAACACCACACAUAGAUCAUACACAACAGCCUCAAACGACGACAUCAGCUUUAUUAAUUAUGUUUGUGUGUCCCGUCUGGUCUCGUCCUUACGGACGCCUGAAUACCGAGAGGUCCGUGCGUUGUUUAGCUCGUCCCUCUUAG